AUGAAUAUGGGGCGCUUUUUCCUUGUUGGCGACAGGCUCUACUACAAAAACACUCGCCUUGAUUUGUUCGGAUUUGCCCUCUCCUCCGCAGGCCAUGUGUCACCUGUGGAUGCUGGUGUUGGUGGAAGCUCCUCUCUGCGACCACCGUCUCUGCUGCCAACGUUUCGUUUGGAACAUGUGAAGAAGAUGUUCCUUGCCACUUCACUGAUGAAUGAAUUUCUCGAGAUUUUUCAUCACGACGCCACACACAUCAUUCACGUGGAUGCGUGCGCGGUUCCUUCCCGCAAACGAUAAUCCAAGACAGCAGGUGUCCCAGAGGCAAACCGACAACACGUCGUGUCACUCGGCAAACAGCACUGCAUCGUGUAUGCCUCAAUUAGUAACCUAACCUGAAUAUACGGAGGGAGGGGUGCAAGCUUGCAAUACGAAGGAAGGGGUGCGGCGAAACCGUUGAUGUCCGA